AGAAGCUAAUAAACUUAGUGAAGGAAUUACUGCUAAAGAACAAGAGGUAGCUUCAUUCAAAGAAUUCUCUGAAAAACAAGUACAAGAAACAAUGGCAAUGAAAUCAAAAAUAGCUGACAAUCAACGAGAUAUUGCUGAGAAAGAAUCAAUGAUAAAGUCAACAAAUGAAGAAUUAUCAUCCAUGAGACAACUGCUAUCUGAAGCACAAGAAGAACUUAAAUUGCAAAAAAAGUCUAUUGAUGAGUUGGAAGAGAAAUUAAGGACACAAUAUAGAAUUAGUAGAAUGAAGGAUAUAGAAAUUGAAGGUUUAAAGGCUAGGCUUCACCAAAGAAAAGAACAAGACAUGACCAAUGGCACAAAGUGGGGUAAAUAUGAAGUGCGUCUUACUUCUCCAUCAGCAGAGGAGUGUACAAAUGUCCUAGCAAAAAUAGAUGACAAUCAUCGACACAUUUACCUCAGUAAUUCAUCUUCUGAUGUUGCUCAGUUGUUAAUAGUACCUCUACUGCAGAAGAGAAGCAUUACCAGUUUAUAUAUUCUCUCAACUCCAUUAACACAUGACUUCAUUGACCUUUUCUCAUCUCAAAUGUUAGAUGACAAUACAUUGGAGAGUCUGUACCUCAAUCACAAUUCCAUUGAUGAUGUUGGGGUCAUUACUCUAGUGAAGUCUCUAAAACAUAACAAAAAGCUCCUGUACUUAUCUCUGGACUUCAAUACUGAGAUUACUUCACUCAGUGUUCCAUCACUUGCUGAAUUUAUACGCAUCAACUCCACAUUGUCUGUUCUUUAUGUUGCUAGCACUAGCAUUGAUAAUAAGGGAGUGCUGGAUCUGGCUGAUUCUCUCAAGUUUAACACAAAACUUGGAAAGAUUGUGGUAGACCAGAAACAUAAAGCAAUAUGUUCUCAAUUUGUUGGUAAAACCAACAGACUAGACUUUUCCUAUACAACUGCUACUGCUUAUGAAUAUACUGGCGUAAAUUUAGGUGGGCUGUUUGUUUAAUGUGAUCACACAAUACAAGAAUACACCUUAAUUUAUAAAUUA